UGUUGGUAGUAAUCGAUAACUCGAUGUAAGUAAAUCUAAAUACAACCCCGUUUUCUGGUCGGCGUUGUUCGCGGUCUUCAAGCUAGGAAAAACGCGAAAUUCGUGGCCAGUGUCCACCAGCCGCCGAAUUAGUUGCAAGCCCCCAAUGCAGGGCCGUUGAUUGUUUACGUUGCACUUGUUGUUGUCACCCCCACGAGUUGUGCCAGUCUCCUUUUCUCGCUUUUUGCAAGCCGAGCCGCACGCGUGCCCCGAGCAUAGUGAAAAGGUGAAAAGCGUGACGAGGCAGCAACAGUACCAGCUGGAGCAAGGCACCCACUAGUUGUGUUGUGGGCCACCACCACCAGUAGUACUCAGUCGCGAUGAGCACCACCACGGACUCGAAGGCGCCCCUGCGCCAGGUGAAGCGCGUACAGUUUGGCAUUUUGUCACCUGAUGAAAUCCGCCGCAUGUCCGUCACCGAGGGCGGCGUCCAGUUCGCCGAGACCAUGGAGGGCGGCCGGCCCAAGCUGGGCGGCCUCAUGGAUCCCCGACAGGGCGUCAUCGAUCGAACCUCCCGCUGUCAGACGUGCGCCGGCAACAUGACCGAAUGCCCCGGCCACUUUGGACACAUCGACCUGGCCAAGCCGGUCUUUCACAUUGGCUUCAUCACAAAGACAAUCAAGAUCCUGCGCUGCGUGUGCUUCUACUGCUCCAAGAUGCUCGUCUCGCCGCACAAUCCCAAGAUCAAGGAGAUCGUCAUGAAGUCCAAGGGUCAGCCGCGCAAGCGCCUCGCCUACGUCUAUGACCUGUGCAAGGGCAAGACCAUUUGCGAGGGCGGCGAGGACAUGGACCUGACCAAGGAGAACCAGCAACCGGAUCCGAACAAGAAGCCCGGUCACGGUGGCUGCGGUCACUACCAGCCGUCCAUUCGGCGCACUGGGCUCGAUCUCACCGCCGAGUGGAAGCAUCCUAACGAGGAUUCGCAGGAGAAGAAGAUUGUGGUGUCGGCGGAGCGGGUGUGGGAGAUCCUCAAGCACAUCACCGACGAGGAGUGCUUCAUACUGGGCAUGGACCCGAAGUACGCCCGUCCCGAUUGGAUGAUUGUCACAGUGCUGCCCGUUCCGCCGCUGGCAGUGCGUCCGGCGGUCGUGAUGUUCGGCGCCGCCAAGAACCAGGACGAUUUGACGCACAAGCUCUCGGACAUCAUCAAGGCGAACAACGAGCUGCGCAAGAACGAGGCCAGCGGUGCGGCGGCCCACGUCAUCCAGGAGAACAUCAAGAUGCUGCAGUUCCACGUGGCCACCCUGGUGGACAACGACAUGCCCGGCAUGCCGCGGGCCAUGCAGAAGUCCGGCAAGCCGCUGAAGGCCAUCAAGGCCCGGUUGAAGGGCAAGGAGGGCCGCAUCCGUGGCAACUUGAUGGGCAAGCGUGUGGACUUCUCCGCCCGUACUGUCAUUACUCCGGAUCCCAAUCUGCGCAUCGACCAGGUGGGUGUGCCGCGCUCCAUCGCCCAGAAUCUGACCUUCCCCGAGCUGGUGACGCCCUUCAACAUCGAUCGCAUGCAGGAGCUGGUGCGGCGCGGCAACUCCCAGUACCCGGGCGCCAAGUACAUCGUCCGGGACAACGGCGAGCGCAUCGAUCUUCGCUUCCAUCCCAAGUCCUCGGACCUGCAUCUGCAGUGCGGCUACAAGGUGGAGCGGCAUCUGCGCGACGACGACCUGGUCAUCUUCAACCGGCAGCCGACGCUGCACAAGAUGAGUAUGAUGGGGCACAGGGUGAAGGUGCUGCCCUGGUCCACCUUCCGCAUGAACCUGUCGUGCACAUCGCCCUACAACGCCGAUUUCGACGGCGACGAGAUGAACCUGCACGUGCCCCAGUCGAUGGAGACGCGCGCCGAGGUGGAGAACAUCCACAUCACGCCCCGGCAGAUCAUCACGCCGCAGGCCAACAAGCCCGUCAUGGGCAUUGUGCAGGACACCCUGACCGCCGUCCGGAAAAUGACCAAGCGCGAUGUCUUCAUCACGCGGGAGCAGAUGAUGAACCUGCUCAUGUUCCUGCCCACUUGGGACGGCAAGAUGCCCCAGCCGUGCAUCCUCAAGCCGCGUCCCCUGUGGACCGGCAAGCAGAUAUUCUCCCUGAUCAUCCCCGGCAACGUGAACAUGAUCCGCACCCAUUCGACACAUCCCGACGAGGAGGACGACGGCCCCUACAAGUGGAUCUCGCCCGGCGACACCAAGGUAAUGGUGGAGCACGGCGAACUGAUCAUGGGCAUUCUCUGCAAGAAGACGCUGGGUACCUCGGCCGGCUCCCUGCUCCAUAUCUGUUUCCUGGAGCUGGGACACGACAUUGCCGGGCGGUUCUACGGCAACAUCCAGACGGUGAUCAACAACUGGCUGCUGCUGGAGGGCCACAGCAUCGGUAUCGGUGACACCAUUGCCGAUCCGCAGACCUACAACGAGAUCCAGUGCGCCAUCAAGAAGGCCAAGGACGACGUGAUAAACGUCAUCCAGAAGGCCCACAACAUGGAGCUGGAGCCGACGCCCGGCAACACCCUGCGUCAGACCUUCGAGAACAAGGUGAACCGCAUCCUGAACGAUGCUCGUGACAAGACCGGCGGCUCCGCCAAGAAGUCCCUCACCGAGUACAACAAUCUGAAGGCCAUGGUGGUGUCUGGUUCGAAGGGAUCCAACAUUAACAUCUCACAGGUUAUUGCUUGUGUGGGCCAGCAGAACGUCGAGGGUAAGCGGAUUCCGUAUGGGUUCCGCAAGCGCACCCUGCCCCACUUCAUCAAGGACGAUUACGGUCCCGAGUCGCGCGGCUUCGUGGAGAACUCGUAUCUGGCCGGGCUGACGCCCUCGGAGUUCUACUUCCACGCCAUGGGCGGUCGCGAGGGUCUCAUCGAUACGGCCGUGAAGACCGCCGAAACCGGUUACAUCCAGCGUCGUCUGAUAAAGGCCAUGGAGUCGGUGAUGGUCAACUACGACGGCACAGUCCGUAACUCGGUCGGCCAGCUCAUCCAGCUGCGUUACGGCGAGGACGGGCUCUGCGGCGAGCUGGUCGAGUUCCAGAACAUGCCGACGGUGAAGCUCUCGAACAAGUCGUUCGAGAAGCGCUUCAAGUUCGACUGGAGCAACGAGCGCUACAUGCGCAAGGUGUUCACCGACGACGUCAUCAAGGAGAUGACCGACAGCAGCGAUGCCAUCCAGGAGCUGGAAGCUGAGUGGGAUCGCCUGGUCACCGAUCGCGACAGUUUGCGGCAAAUCUUCCCCAACGGUGACUCCAAGGUGGUACUGCCCUGCAAUCUGCAGAGGAUGAUCUGGAACGUGCAGAAGAUAUUCCACAUCAACAAGCGCCUGCCCACGGACCUCUCGCCGAUGCGCGUCAUCAAGGGCGUCAAGGGCUUGCUGGAGCGGUGCGUGAUCGUGACCGGAAACGACCGGAUCUCGAAGCAGGCCAACGAGAACGCCACUCUGCUGUUCCAGUGCCUCAUCCGGUCGACGCUCUGCACCAAGUACGUGUCGGAGGAGUUCCGGCUGUCGACGGAGGCCUUCGAAUGGUUGAUCGGAGAAAUCGAGACCCGUUUCCAGCAGGCCCAGGCCAAUCCCGGCGAGAUGGUGGGCGCCCUCGCCGCCCAGAGUUUGGGCGAACCGGCCACCCAGAUGACACUGAACACCUUCCAUUUCGCUGGUGUGUCGUCGAAGAACGUGACCCUGGGUGUGCCGCGUCUCAAGGAGAUCAUCAACAUAUCCAAGAAGCCCAAGGCUCCCUCACUGACGGUCUUCCUCACGGGCGGAGCGGCCCGCGAUGCGGAGAAGGCGAAGAAUGUGCUGUGCCGGCUGGAGCAUACCACGCUGCGCAAGGUGACGGCCAACACGGCCAUCUACUACGAUCCGGAUCCGAAGCGGACGGUGAUCUCGGAGGAUCAGGAGUUCGUGAACGUCUACUACGAGAUGCCCGACUUUGAUCCGACGCGCAUCUCGCCCUGGCUGCUCCGCAUCGAGCUGGACCGCAAGCGCAUGACGGACAAGAAGCUGACGAUGGAACAGAUCGCCGAGAAGAUCAACGUCGGCUUCGGCGAGGAUCUCAACUGCAUCUUCAACGACGACAAUGCGGACAAGCUGGUGCUGCGCAUCCGGAUCAUGAACAACGAGGAGAACAAGUUCCAGGACGAGGACGAGGCCGUCGACAAGAUGGAGGACGACAUGUUCCUGCGCUGCAUCGAGGCGAACAUGCUCUCGGACAUGACGCUGCAGGGCAUCGAGGCCAUCGGCAAGGUGUACAUGCAUCUGCCCCAGACGGACAGCAAGAAGCGCAUCGUGAUCACCGAGACGGGCGAGUUCAAGGCCAUCGGCGAGUGGCUGCUCGAGACGGACGGCACAUCGAUGAUGAAGGUGCUGUCGGAGCGGGACGUCGAUCCCAUACGGACCUCGUCGAACGACAUCUGCGAGAUAUUCCAGGUGCUGGGCAUCGAGGCGGUGCGCAAGUCCGUCGAGAAGGAGAUGAACGCCGUGCUGCAGUUCUACGGCCUGUACGUGAACUACCGCCACCUGGCCCUGCUCUGCGACGUGAUGACGGCCAAGGGCCAUCUGAUGGCCAUCACUCGGCACGGCAUCAACAGGCAGGACACCGGCGCCCUUAUGCGUUGCUCCUUCGAGGAGACUGUCGACGUGCUGAUGGAUGCCGCCGCCCACGCCGAAACCGAUCCGAUGCGUGGCGUCUCCGAGAACAUUAUCAUGGGCCAGCUGCCGAAGAUGGGCACUGGCUGCUUCGACCUGCUCCUCGACGCCGAGAAGUGCCGCUUCGGCAUCGAGAUCCCCAACACGCUGGGCAGUAGCAUGCUGGGCGGCGCCGCCAUGUUCAUUGGCGGCGGCUCCACGCCGAGCAUGACGCCUCCGAUGACGCCGUGGGUGAACUGCAACACGCCGCGCUACUUCUCGCCUCCGGGCCAUGUGAGCGCUAUGACACCUGGUGGACCCAGUUUCUCGCCCUCGGCCGCCUCGGAUGCCUCCGGAAUGUCGCCCAGCUGGUCGCCGGCCCAUCCGGGCUCCUCGCCCAGCUCGCCGGGCCCCUCGAUGUCGCCGUACUUCCCGGCCUCGCCCAGCGUCUCGCCCUCGUACUCCCCGACCAGUCCGAACUACACGGCCUCCUCGCCGGGCGGAGCAUCUCCGAACUACUCGCCCUCGAGCCCCAACUACUCGCCGACAUCGCCGCUGUACGCCACGACGAGUCCGCGCUACGCCUCCACCACGCCCAACUUCAAUCCGCAGUCGACUGGCUACUCGCCGUCGUCGUCGGGCUACUCGCCCACGUCGCCGGUCUACUCGCCCACGUCGAACUACCAGUCGAGUCCCUCGUUCGCGGGCAGCGGCAGCAACAUGUACUCGCCGGGCAACGCCUACUCGCCCAGCUCGUCCAACUACUCGCCCAACUCGCCUUCCUACUCGCCGACAUCGCCUUCGUAUUCGCCUUCGAGUCCCUCCUACUCGCCCACAUCGCCCUGCUACUCGCCGACGUCGCCCUCGUACUCCCCGACCAGCCCCAACUACACGCCCGUCACCCCAUCCUACUCCCCGACCAGCCCCAACUACUCGGCCUCGCCCCACUACUCGCCGGCCUCACCGGCCUACUCGCAGACCGGCGUCAAGUACUCGCCCACAUCGCCGACGUACUCGCCGCCAUCGCCCUCGUACGACGGAUCACCGGGAUCGCCCCAAUACACGCCUGGAUCGCCGCAGUACUCCCCGGCCUCGCCCAAGUACUCGCCCACAUCGCCGCUGUACUCGCCCAGCUCCCCCCAGCACUCGCCGUCGAACCAGUACAGCCCCACCGGGUCCACGUACUCGGCCACCAGUCCAAGGUAUUCGCCGAACAUGUCCAUCUAUUCGCCCAGCAGCACCAAGUACUCGCCCACAUCGCCCACUUACACGCCCACGGCCCGCAACUACUCGCCUACAUCGCCGAUGUACUCGCCGACGGCGCCAUCCCACUACAGUCCCACGAGUCCCGCGUACUCGCCCAGCAGUCCCACGUUCGAGGAGAGCGACGAUUGAAGUUGAAAGCCUCCCAGGACGCAGGAGGAGGAGGAGGAGGAGGAGGACGAUCCACGAUGAUAUCGCGUCCCGAACUCUAGGUUAUAAGCUAAAUAAGACAUAAAGCUAUACACUUAUCCCGCAAUGGAUGUAUUUUUUUAUGUUUCCCCCCCGAAUUAUAUAUUUUAUUUCGAGUUGGUGCUGGGGAGGAGUUGUCCUGCUGAUGGAUGGACCAAUCCCCGCCAGCACCUGGCAUUGAGCAGCAAACACUAUUAUGCGAACGUACAUAUGAUGCAUCCAAUGUGUACUUAGGUAGCUCUUAAAACAACCCACAAUUUUGUAACUCUUAGUUUUUUUUUCGCCCUUCAAGCAAAAUGUUAUCGCCCACUUCUGUAGAAUGGAGUCUGGAGUCCGCCGGCGGUAAUUAUCGCGACCGCCUGGCCUAUAUCUUUAUAUCUUAUAUAUAUAAUUAUACAUUUUUAUGACCAAACCCCCUAAAAUCAACAACAAAAAAAAAAACGUAGAAAAUAUUUAAUAAAAAACCCAAAAAAAGUAA